AGGGAAGGAAAGAGAGGGAGAGAUAGGGAGGGAGGGACUGACCAGAAUGACGGAGGGAGGAGGGACAGGAGGAGGAAAGUAGAGGAGAGGAAGAGAGAUAUUGAAGGAGUCAGCACAGUUAGCGAGUGAGGGAGGGAGCCAGGGAGAAGAGAGAAAGAAAGUGAGAGGGAGCAAAAAAAUAAAGAGCAAAAAAGGUACAGCUCAGCAAAUCAGGGCUUUCAGCCAGUCACAGCUAUUCUCUACUCAGCUGCUGUGUUCUAGCCAGAGAGGAGAGUUUCACUGCCUCUGAAAAGCGAGAGAGAGAAACAAAAAAACGAGAGAAAGAGAGAGGGGAAAAAGCUAACUCGCUGUGGAAGAGUGGGAGAGAGAGAGCAAGAGAACAAGGGAGACAGAGAGAGAGAGAGAGAGAGAGAGGGAGAGAGAGAGAGAGAGAGAGAGAGAGAGAGAGAGAGAGAGAGAGAGAGAGAGAGAGAGAGAGAGAGAGAGAGAGAGAGAGAGAGAGAGAGAGAGAGAGAGAGAGAGAGAGAGAGAGAGAGAGAGAAAGAAUAAGAGGUUCUCUGUCCAGAGUUUAGGAGGAGAAAAUGGAUUCCGACUCGGGGGAGCAGAGUGAGGGGGAUCUCUCUCCAGGCCAGGAGUGUUUCAACUCUCGCUCCCUGGCCCUCCAGGCACAGAAGAAGAUCCUAUCCAAGAUGGCGACCAUGGCGGUGGCCAACCUCCUGACGGACGACGUCAGCAGUGAGAUCCUGGACGAGCUGUACAAGGCCAGCCGGGAGUUCACCAAGAGUAAGAAGGAGGCCCACAAGAUUGUCAAAGACGUCAUCAAGAUCGCCCUGAAGAUCGGCAUCCUGUACCGCAACCACCAGUUCAGCCCGGACGAACUGGACACGGUCGAACGCUUCAAGAAGAAGAUGAACCAGGCGGCCAUGACGGCGGUCAGUUUCUACGAGGUGGACUACACGUUCGACCACCGCAUUCUGUCAGAGUUGCUGCUGGAAUGCCGGGAUCUUCUACAUGCGCUGGUGGAGCAGCACCUGACCCUGCGGUCGCACACUCGCAUCGACCACGUGUUCAACCACUUUGCUCACGGGGAGUUCCUGGCCGAGCUGUACGGAGACGGAGAGGAGUACAGACUGUACCUGAGAAAGAUCUGCAACGGGAUCAACAAACUGCUGGACGAGGGAACGCUUUAACCUCUGACCCCUGAUCUCUCACCUCUCAACUUUGACCUGACAUUUGACCCUGCUGGUCGUUCCCUUCCUAUUACUCAAUCUCCAUGGUUGUGGCUCAAUAAUCCCCCCAUUCCCAUGAAGUGUGCACUUGUUCACUUCACUUCAUGGAUUUGAAAGGAAAUGAUUGGUAUAUGGAACCUCCUUGAAGCCCAUGUCUACACUAAUCCAAUAUUUUUACAUUAGUUGGAGUAGCAAAUGAGUGCACACUUCAGGAAGAAGGAGAGAUUAUUGGGACACACUCCUCUUCCUCCGGUCUCUCUACGGAUCUGCUUUCCCUCCUCCUCUCAUUCCUUCUCUUUUUUUAAAUCCGCUCCUGAUCUGUUCUGUUCUACCUUUAACCUUAUUUUUCUUCCUGUUCUCCCACUUCCUCCUCUUUUCUCUCCUCCUGUUCUCCCACUUCUUCCUCUCUUUUCUCUCCUCCUGUUCUCUAACUUCCUCCUCUCUUUUCUCUCUUCCUCUCCCACAUCCUCCUCUCUUUUCUCUCCUGCACUGAUCUCUCUUUUAUUCUACUGAGCUUCCUGGACUCCUUGUUUCUCUCCUUAUUCUCCUGCUCCUCUUCUUUCCUCUCCUUGUUUCUCUCCUUAUUCUCCUGGCUCCUCUACUUUCCUCUCCUUAUUCUCCAGCUCCUCUACUUUCCUCUCCUUGUUUCUCUCCUUAUUCUCCUGGCUCCUCUACUUCCUCUCCUUGUUUCUCUCCUUAUUCUCCUGCUCCUCUCCUUGUUUCUCUCCUUAUUCUCCUGCUCCUCUUCUUUCCUCUCCUUGUUUCACUCCUUAUUUCUAUGGAGUUUCCAUGACGUUGAUGAACUGUAUGUAUAAUUCUAAGAUAUUUAACUGGUGUCACAACUCUGUUCUGUGAGGUAUUUUCUCUACAUCCCUCUCCCUCUCCCUCUCCCUCUCCUUCUCCCCCUCCCUCUCCCUCUCCUUCUCCCUCUCCCUCUCCCUCUCCCUCACCAUCCCCAAAGUUGGUAAGAGUGUGGCACUAGCAAAUCCAAGGUAAUUGGUUCACUUCCCACAAGGAUCAUUCACACAUAUUAAAGACAUAUUCACUCACGGACAUUGUUUGGUUAGUGGCUUUGCAUAAAAGCAUCUGCUAAGUGACAGAUAUUAUAUCCUAAUAACGUCUAGGAAGUCACUACAGGAGAGUGUGAAAGGGGGGUGGAUCACCAGCUUAGCGUCUGAUAGGCUAUGACUGCGACUGGUCGUUCACAUAGCAACGUAGCCCACAUAAAACAACAAGACCCAUGAGAGACCUGUGAAUCAGAAGAGUUUUUUCCCUCUUUGGCAUUCAAGAAACCCAAAAUCUGUGUUGAUUACGUGAUGGCAACAUUAUACGUACUUUAUUCCGUAGUGGUCGUACUUAUAGCUUUACUGUUCUGAAUCAAGGCCAAAAAGAAUGAUGAUGUUUUGUAAAUACACUGUUUGUUCUCUCUCCUUUUGUCAUCAUUACUGUGUGUGGGCAUCAUGAUGUCUUAUAUCAGGACCUGGAGUUUUUCCUGACCACGUGACCUUCAUUACCAGGAAAAACUCCUGACCGUAUAGUUCUGUAUACUGUAUACAUCGUUAACCAAUCACAGCCAACCAUCACCAUUUCCUGCCUAAUACUAAGGCUGGGAUUCAAUCCUCCACGCACUAUAACAAUAUUUUAAAGAAGGAGGCCCACAAGAUGUUAACCAUGAAUACGAUCUCUGGGAAUGUCGGGCGAAGGCCUUUAAAAGCUGCAUCAUUGGUUGUAUAGUGACCUGUAGCACGCCACGGAUUGAGGCCUAAAUGAAUCUAGCAGCUCUGACUGUUAAGGCCUUGAUGAUAACUCCCUAUGGUGUUCUCUGCAUUUUCCCUAUAGAGCAGUGUUGUGUGUGUGUCUGUACACAUUUUACUAUACUUGUGAGUACAAGAAUAGUAAACCAACUAAAAUUCAGGGAAGUUAGGAAAUUUUGCCGGUCCUCACUUGUAAAAAUGCCUUUAAGGUUUAGGGAUUAGGUUAAGGGUUAGUGUUAAAAUUAGGGUUAGGGGAUAGGUUAAGGGUUACGGUUAAGGUUAGGAGUUAAGGUUAAAGUUAGGGUUAAGGUUAGGGUAGGGAUUAGGGUUAGGGUUAGGUUUAGGGUUAAGGAAAAUAAGAUUAUGAAUCAAUUGUUGGUCCCCAAAAAGUCCUCACAAGUAUAGUAAGACGUAAAGUAUGUGUGUGUGUGUGCCCAUCAUGUGUCUGUGUCUGUAUCCUCUCUGCCAGGGUGUAACACAUUUAUCUUUUAUUAAAGAUUCCUUACAAAUCA